AUCCGAUCGAUUUCCUCUUCCACCCGCUCACUUCGUGGCCCAAGAACGAGAAGGGCGGCAAGGUGUCGAUGCUGAGCAAGAUGCUCAGCAAGGUGAUGAAGGAGGAGGACAGUGGUAAGGUGAAGUCUGACCAUGUUGAUGAUGAUGGCAAGUUCAGCCAACUGCGCGCGACCAUCGAACAGCUGAAAACUGAGCUCCAGACUGUCGACGUCGCCGCCACACCGAAUCCGAGCAACACUGUCCAGCAAGCUGGUAAAAGAUCUUCUAGUGAAGGAAACAAGAUCAACACCGACAGCAUGAACAUCAACAACAAUUUUCCUGAAGAUCAGCCUGGUGCAGUGAAAUUCCCUACGAACGUUAUCACUUCUUUUGGUCACCAUAAGGAUCUUCGCGCACACGUUCGCCAAGCUAUUAAACCCGAUGAUGACGAAGAGCACGAGCACGUUCACCAAACUACUAACGCCGAUGAUGACGAAGAGCAACAGCAAGUAGAGUACGUCGAGCAAGUCUAUGGCAGUGAGGGGAACAAAUACAAGAAGCAGGUCGAUUUUUUUCUGACGCUUGCCCAGAAGUGCGAAGACCUCAAGUACGACCGCUCGAGCGCCACUGUCUCCUUCGAUCACGUUGUCGUCAAUCUGCUCGAACGUAUUGCGCUCGCAGGCAUGUCGACGAAGCUGAGCAACGGCGAGACGGUUCUGCAUCGCGCUUUCCGCCAUUUCUCAUAUUACGAAAAGUUCUUGUAGCAGUAUCGUAAUCGUACUAGAGGUUGUACUAGCAUAUCAAGAAUAUGAUAUUCUCGUUCCUUUUCGUGGUUCCUAGAACAAUAAGCAGGUCCAGUACUUCUUGGGUAUGUCGUGGUCGUGAUACUCUUACUCGUCCAAGAUGAAAACUGAUUGGUACUUGAUGUUGAGUACAAAACAAGUCUAAAUCAAUGGUUAUCCACUAGUACAUAGUCGUGGAUCUUGUUGAUAUUCUACAUCAUCUAGUAGUAGCGAUCUUCCAAGAAAACAUAGAGUCAUCGUAGUACUAGAGGUUGUAGCAUAUCAAGUUCAAGAAAAAUAUGCUUGCACUUGUACUUGCACGACCUUGUCUUGUACUAUUUCUGGGUCUAAUUUCUACUUCUACUUCCAGUACUUACAUUAUAUAUCAGAAGCACUUUGUUUUGUACCUUCCCUUGUUUUCGUUUUUUUCGCUUUUCCUAGAUAGGUUGGCUCCAACACUAUUAUUAGAAGCAGAUGAACUACAGCAACGCGGAUACAAUUACGAGGUCUACAAAUUAUUCUCUCACGCCUAGUACUAUUUCUAAUCCUGCCUCUCCAUAACUCCGGAAGAGCGCACUGGUGGCGCUAGCCUCAUCCCUGACGGCCGCGACCCCCUCCAGAAAGUGAUCUCCGACUAUUAUGAUCGCACACGAGGAUUCCCACUGUCGAAUCCGGAGGUGGUGGCCACUUUUAGGGAAGAUCUGGCGGCCAACGCUGAACAAACUAGUGAAGAAGAAGAUGUAGUGGCCUACAACAGUGACGAGGUGGCUCCUGUGGCCAAUACAACUGAAAACGUUGGUGCAGUCAACAACAACAUCAGUGACGUCGAGGUGGCCACGACCUCCGCCAAUCCCAACACUGAGGAGGUCGUCGCAACCUCCAUCAAUCGCGAUGCUGGCGGAGGAAGUAUGUCUGUGGAUGGUGGAAAUGAAGACGCGACGUCAAAGAAAGAACGACCACGAAUUUCCUCGACAAUUACUGCGGGGUCGCCGUCUAGGUCUACUUGUGCGUCGUCGAACAAUGAAGAUGGUACUUCCGGAAAUGGCACUUCUCCCAAUGGUGAGAGCACUUCUAAAGACAAAGACACGACCUCCAAUGUUGAAGAUGAGAGCACUAAAAACGAAAACGCAGGAUCUUGUUCUGCUGAAUCCUCGCACAACGUCAACACUGCCCAACACGACCACAAGGACAUGAACAACACUUGUACGGGCUCGAGCGAGGAUGUCAAAACGAACGAGAUGAAUGCUGUCAAGGAAGAGGCGGAGGUCAACAACGUCGCAUUAACUGCGAGGACCAGCGACUCAACGAACGAGAACAACGAAAACGCCAAGAAAAGUUAAGAUGAACUAAAACUAUGUUUCAUGAAGCAGGUACUCUUUAGGAUCCACUCCAAGCUCAUGUUCAGGUUCAUAAUGAUCUCUUUUACUAGCAUACUAGGAUCAUUCAUUUCGUGGUCAAGGUCAACAUAAUAUAUACUUUUUUAUAAAUGAAGAUAGAAUCUCAAUCUGCUGAUAUAAUACUGACUCAUCUGAAUAAAGGGUACUGCUACCACUACUACCAUGCAUCCGCAUGAACAUGAUCCUGCUCUAAUAUAUGGAAAGUGUUGAUGAGCAAGAUGUUGCUAUUCGAGCGACUGAGACUGUGACGACUCCUGAAGGCUAUGCUGCUCAAGAGAUUGUGGCGAUCCUCCUACUAUCCGCCAAUGCGCUAUGCUCCGAUGUAAGCGCUUUUUUUUGCAUUGAUAUGGAAGAACAAGAGGACGAUGACUUUCCUUAAGGCUUCUUGGUCCCCCAAAGAAACCAUUAUUUUUUUUUUCAAAUGACGGAAAAAAUAAAUCAGAAGAUUUUAUUCCACGACUCUUCAGGUGGGUUAGACUUAGAUUUACAGAAGAAGCUCUAAACCAGCUCUGCAGCCUAUCCGGAUUACAACUUUCUCACUGGGCCAAAGGAUGGAUUUGGAGCUCCACCAUUUUUCCGUGCGACCUCGGCUGCUGCCAUUGAGACAGUCUUUGGGUUUCUGGAGUACGUUGGCGACCGUCUCACUCUUCGGAACAUUGCCCGCUACUCUUAAGGCUACAAGAAAUCCCCCAUUUGCAGAGGCAUCUUGGUCCCGUUUUUAAGGGAAAACGAGACCCAAGAUGCUGCUCAAGAUGGAUUUCUCUUAGUUCUAAUACUCUUGUAUGUGCUGCCAAGAGUUUCUCUACUUUAAGAGGCUACAACAGAUGUUAAAUCCAUCUUACAACAAGAAAUACUAGAUUCCAUCUAGUAGUGGUAGUGGCUACAACAAGAAAUACUAGAUUCCAUCCGGUGGCAACAUUCUGGAGGAUGAGACUUUGGGUAACACACUGGCGGUGGGUUAGACUUAGAUUUAGAAGAAGCUCUUCGGAACAUUGCCCGCUACUCUUGUAUCUGCUGCCAAGAGUUUCUCUACUUUAAGAGUGAAUAGUUCUGGUAUUUGGUAACCUGAAAUUGAUCCUAAGGGAAAACAAGAAGAGAACCCUAAGGAUCGAACUCAGGUUACCAAAUACCAGAACCAUACAAAGAGGCUACAAGAAAUCCAACAUCUAGUAGUACUUCCCCGGCAUCCAUCGAUCAUCUUGCUCCUCUUUUAAAGGGACGAAACAAAUAAACGGGAACCAACUAUGUUGACGAGCUUUUCUAAUUACUACGUCUUAAGCGGUUUCGCACGUGAUGGAUCUGGCUGUCUGUGGUUGCAUCAUCUUUCGGCGUUGGAACAGUAUGCAGCCAUCUUCUGGCGUCACCUCGACGUGGACGGAGGAUACGCGUACAAUCCUCAUGUUUAAGGUUUUAUUCCAUGGGAAGUAGAUUAGAAGGGGUCGAGAUAAGUUACAACUUAGGAGCUAGUCUUACUAGGGUAGGUGAGCUUCUAUGAUGUGAAGAUAGGGCUUCAUCUUAGGUAAUUAGGAUCGGGACAUGAAGCGGACGCAUGAUAUGACCCCCGAGAUGAACAGCAGCUAGUAAGUUGUCUAACGUGUCGUGGUCCCGGUUCACUUGAUCCGCACAGUUAUUAGCACGUCGAUCCAAACCAUGAACAACGAUGGCGACACUCCCUUGGAGCGAAUGUUAUGUUGGCCAUGUUGAUCAUAUUGACUUGAUUUCGAGUCGUCAGGGUCGUUAGUAGUGUACUAGUUAUACCUCCUCGCUUCAUGAUCAUGACUAUGAAGUUGUUUCUCAUCUUUUUUUUUAUCAAGAUGGAAAGCUUUCCUUGAUGUUCUAUGUGUACAAGAACAGCUCGUAGGUUGUAUACCAUAGGUGUUGUAUCUGAAUCUGAUAAAGUAACUGUAACAAACAGUAACUCAUUCUCAUACACGACAACAUUUCUCUUCUUGUUCGAAUAUGUGGAAUCUGAGUCACCAGAAUCUGUAGAGUCCGCUGUCCAUUUCCACAUGCUUGAGUAAAUAAAUCGAUUAGAUGAAUCCAAGUAAGUCGACGCUCUUCUAAUGUGGAUAUACAUUGGUGCGUGGCCGCUGGUGAUGACGUAUAUGUGUUGUCUGAAGAAUUCUUUGGGUCGAUUUCCAGACGAAAUUAUGAGGGAAAUCGAAAUCAGACUUGUUUUUGGUAGUAAUUUUUUUGAUCAUAGAUGACAUUGAGAUAGACAUACUCCAAUUCCAUGAUGAAUAGUUUCAGCGACUCUUGCUAAUGUUUAGGCAAGAAGCAUCAGCGAUUCCUGCUCAGCAGCAAAAUUCCAUUUGACUCUGCAUGCAUCCGACAAACAAACGUGACGAUAUUAUUAUAAUCUUGUUCCCCUAGGCGUAGUAGGUAAGUAGUACCUUCCGCCUGUCCUACUUAAGUGAGUAGUACCUUCCGCCUGUCCUACUUAAGUGUGGGCACUCUUAUUCCUGGACACUUCCCCCAAAGAGACCCUACGGGCAGAAACAGACUACCUUUUCGAAUAGAUAGAAAUAAACUUUGAAGAAACGAGUGAGCUCAUCCAUAAUUAAAGAACAUUCAUUACCCAAAAAUGAUCUUAGGAUGGCGAUCAUCUCCGCACAAAUCAUGUGCAUCGUCUGAAUUCUCAUGAGCUCUCCCAUUUUCUUUACCCUUGUAGAUCUGGGCUCUUCUACCGUCAUCGUUUCUCUUACUUGUGAUGUUGUAGCAGGCUACUAGGCGUCUUAGAGAUGUUCUAUCGUUACCUCAAGUUGCGCAUGCUAUUAUUAAUCUACUUCCCACUUUCAUUCUGGUUCUCGAGUUUUCUCCGCGCAAGGUCUUAUUCUUGCGGUCUCUGCGAUCCUUUACGUGGAAAAUUAUCCGCGAAGUUUAAGGCUGAAAAUUAUCCCCGAAAAUGGAUGCCCACAUGUCCCGCCGAGGAUAGGCUAGGAGAAGUGCUUGCGCUUCUCCUCCUUCUAGAUUGUUCUCAUGGUGGAUCUGAAUGAGUCAUCCUGUCUCAAUCGUGACACGAAAAUAUAUCAGAGUAGUUUAUAGAACGGAUGUAGGAUGGACUUGGAUGGAUCGGAUGGAAGUGGAACGGAUGGCAGCCGUCUACUCUUCUAACAUUCGCACGAUUUGGAACGCAAGCUGUAUCGCCUGAACCCGGUGGAGAACGGUGCCCGCCUGCGCGGCCUGGGCGUCCUUAUUCGCAUUCUUUUCGAAU